AUGAGAUGCAAAGGCUACGGCCCCGCCCAGAUUCACGGUCACAAGAGAGACUCUAUUAGAUCUCAGCCAUCGCCGCCGAGGCAAUACUCUAUCAUACGACAAAUUCAGGUGGCUGUGGGUGCCUGGAGCCUGAGGAGAUACUUCAAGACUUUCAACGACAGGGAGCAUUCAAAACAGGUCUGCAGCAACAGUAAACUAUCAGCCGUGCGCCAUUUUGCCUUUUUUCACCUUCCGGCGAUAUCGAUCACGCUAUCACUCAUUGGCUUUUAUUUGGGACACCUGCGUUGGGUGCCUCCACACCCCACUGCCGACGAACUAAGUGCUCUUCAGUUUGCCGCAAAGGCACACGAGUCUCUUAUACUGAUGUCUCUCACCGACAUACUGUUACAUAGAAUCUGCUACGGCCUCAUUCUCGAUGACGGUGUCUCCCUUGGCUUUCUUUCUUCUGUCUUCAACAUGGGUUCUCCAGUACAAUACUUGAUGAGCUGGGAGUUUUGGGCCGCACUGCUGAAUCCCACCGCGAACCGCAAAUUUCAUGGCAUUACGGGCGGCGUGAUUGUCUUUAUUUCCUUGUUGGGAAUCGCAGCCAGCCCGUUCUCGGCCACAGCAAUGAUUCCUCGCCAAGGGUGGUGGUUGGAUGCAGGAAGUGAACGUCUAUCGAUAGAGCACAGAGGAACUUAUUACAUCCGGGGAAACCCUUUCAGAAUGAAUUUCGACGCCAAGGACGUUUUUCGGGGCCUAAAGAACUGGUGCAGUCUACAGUCAUCACGGAACGUCAGUUGCUGGGAUUUGAACCUUGAGGCUAUGGUGCGAAGUCUCGAGUCUGUUGUCCUCGACCCGCUCAUCAUCCCACGACAAGAAAACGUCACUUAUACCCUUUACGGUGCUCCAAAAAAGGAGCGACCCAUUUCUGUCUCUAAGGCAGGCGGAAAUAUCGACAUCGCUAUUGCGACAUGUCCAAUGUUAUGCAUAUCCGAUGCAUUCAACUGGGAUCACGCGAGGAUACGAGAGACUCCAGAUGACGAUUUGCUCGUUAAAUCCCAGCAAAAGACUGCUUCCGGAAUACAUAAUUGGAAACAACCUGUAGUUGGAGUGCAAUGCUCCAGAACGCCUUAUGCUGAUAGAGGGGCCAAUUUCAGCUUUGUCAAUGGUUUAUUCGAUAAACUCGACGUGGAACUCGAUUCAGAGAGUGUGAAAAAUUACCUCCUGACAGAUGACGAGGAUCAGCACGAUUAUUUUGGUCCUUUGAAGCCGCAGCACAUAAAUAGCUCCUUGAUCAGUGGAGCAAUCUUAUUUUCAGACGAGUUGGGGUACAAUAAUAUCAGCAUUGAGCUUUGUCUCAUCUCGGCUCGCUGGGCUGAGGCGGAGGUAUGGCUGGACCGGCAAAGCUCUGGCGCCACUCAAAGCAAUUUUGGAAUUUCAACUGAAGAUUUGGUGCAAUAUUUGCACAAGACUUCCAACGCCGACCACCUUAUCAAGACGAGUACUGGUUGGCUGGAAGGCAUAGGUGUUCCCCGUGUUAACGCGAACAACAUGGAGUUGCAAUCUGCAUAUUCAGAAGCAUCGCAGUUUUGUCUCACGAAAUUUCCUCAACUGGACAAUUCUUGUCGUUCAAUCUUUCUUGCCCUACAUGUGGCAGAUGCGUUGGCACAGUCGGCAGAUUUACAGUUGUAUGUGAACAACUGGAACAACCCACCCGGCCAACAAGACACAGUCAUCCACCACACGUAUUAUGCAUCUGCGUAUGCUUACGCCUUUCAGAAUAGUACUGCUAUUACCUUGGCAUUCGUCGCACUGCUUCUUCAUGUUUUUAUUUCGCUACUGCACAUGGGAUCAAUCAUCUUUUCUCGACAGUCAUGGCACGGCUCAAGCUGGGACAGCUUUGGGAAAUUAUUAGUUCUUGCAUUGCAGUCCAGGGCCUCGGAUGAGCUAGAAAACGUGGGAGGAGGAGUUUCAAGUUCUCAUACAUGGAAAAAGCGGAUAGUGGUACGAGAAGUUGGUGACAAGAGGCAGAUACAGUUGAUUCUGGAAUCCUUGAGGAUGGUGCUGGAGACUCACAAAUAA